UCAGGGGUCAAAGGUCACAAAGACAAAAUGGCGGAGGCAGAACGAAAGCCCCGGUCGAGAAAAACUAAGGUCAAGACAAAAGUGACCCCAACUGCUCCAGCCAUUCGUGUCUCAAGGAAGGACGACUCUGCAGCUACCAGUACUCAAAGACAGCUGGACAGCACUGCAGAAACAAAAGUCACCUUAAAGCCAGAGGAGCAUCAGUCAAGUACCACAGAGGAAAACAUAACAGUUACUGUGUCAAAAGAUGUCAUCGAAAAACAGGUAGAAAAUAAAGACACUAUUGCAACAGUACAUGAACCAGACACUGAAGAUGUUAUAGUUGAAAAAGAAGACAAUAGUUCAACCAUAGAAGAACAAGAAUUAGACAGGAUUUCAUCUGUCAAGGAACCCAUAGACACACAAGAGAAUGUGCAAGUGACUUCUGAAGAAAUGCCACCAAAACCUGCUCAAGACAAUGUUCCUUGUGUCGAUCCUCUUGAGCAUCAAGAUAGGGACACAGACAUUAGCAAAUCCAAUCAAGUGGCCACUCCAGAAGACGUAGAUAUACAAGAUGAGAAACGUGAGCAAGUUGAAGAGGAGCAAAACCAGUUAGAAGAUUCUGCUGUCUCUACAACCAACGUUGUGUCGAGUGUGACAGAAAGUGCUGUAGAUACUAAAACUUUCCAUCCAGAAGAAAUCCUACAAACAGAUGUUUUACCUAGUAAUGACAGCAAUGAAGGUUGUGGCGAGGAAACGUCUAUGCCCACACACAGACCUGAUGCCGUCGUAAAGGAGGACAGUAGAACGGAAGCAAUUACGGAGGAGACGCAGGCAAAGAGUGUCGUCAACUUGACAGAAACACAAGAGGAAGAUGACGGUGUUCAAAGUGAACAACUUCCAGUAGCAAGCACAGAUGUGCCUUCAAUGUCUAUAGAAGAAACCCACAGUGAUAUUCUACCAGAGGGUUUUGCCCAGCCGCUGACUCAAGACCAGCUGCAGAGUCUGUAUGACAACCCCCUCCUGCCCCAGCUAGAGGAAUGGGUGGACUGUUUCCUACAGCAAACCAAUCAGAGCAAGCAUGAGUUCUACCAGCUGGUGCAGCAGUACUACCGCAGCCGAGUCGGCCUGGCAGAGGUGCAGGUUGUGAUCACUGACCUGCAGUCCCGACAAGAACAGCUAGAGGGCCAGCUGUGGGUCACCACUGAUCAUGUUAUAACAGCCCAGGGAUAUUGCCAUGACAACGUGAAGGUGAGUCAGACCCAGAACUACAGACAGGUGGAGCUGUCGGGCGUGGCGUGUGUGGAGCUGAGCAGGGUUCUCCAUGACACCAGGGUGCAGGUGCAUGAGAUGUACGCCCUGUCAGGAUACUCUGCUAUGCUGUGUCGGCUGCAGGUGGAGACGUACCUGCACCAGGUGCUCAGCUCCAGCUGUACUGACACUGACACCUUUACCAACAUGUCAGCUGAGCGGGAGAGAGUGCGCAGCUGCAUCAGUGUGCUCUUCACUUUCCAGCGCAGGCCAAUCAGAGAUCAGCAGUUUCUGGAGGACACUCAGAAAUGGAUAGCAAAACUGUGCUGCUGUCUCCUGACUGCGGCCACCUUCCACGACCACCUGUUCCUGCUGAACCACGUGCUGCGCUGUCCGUCAGGGGUGGGCGCCUGGGCCGCUCCGCUCAUACAAGUGCCUUGUCCUUUACCUGAUGACGCCACCGACGUGUCAUCGGCUAAAGUUCACCAGUUCCUGGUCAUGCUGGCCACACUCUUCAACCCCAUAAGGAGUAGACAAGAACUUCUCAAGCUACUAAAACCAGUGCAAGUAGCAGGACAGACACAAGAACAAGCACCCCUCAACUGGACCUUGGUAGAUGAAGGUGGAGAGGAGGAAGAUGACUUGGCUGACACCUGGGCACUUCUCCAUGAGAACGACCUUGUCACAUUGCUACAACAGUUCCCCUUCAACAGGUUCUUCUGUUAUAUCAUGAAUGUACAUCUCUCAGAUACAGACAUUGUUGUGAGUGACAUCACAGAACGACACAUGCUGUGGAUAUUUGCCCUGUGUUCCACACUCGUCAAGCUGCUGAGUGAAGGGCUGAGGAACUUCAACAGAAGUCGCUAUAGACAGUUCGUCAAACGGCUGGGAAGGCUUGUUCGCCACACGAUACAACAUGUGUCAGAGGUGUGGAGGCUGUGUAAGGGGAGGUUGGAGCAUGCACAAGGAGAUGCACAGCUGCCCCUGGGGAAACUCCAGGUGGAAUAUGACCACUUCUUCUACCGGUCGGUUGUGUGCAUCCUGUCUGCACCCAGGGUGGGGGCAUUACAGUUCCUGUCAGACCUGCCCUACCAGCAGCUGUCACAUACCAUGCAGUGGCAGCUGCUGUGGCUGUUACAUGUGGACAGCAUCCAGGACAGCCCACCUGCGGAGGCUACCACCAUAACACAGAUCAAGGCAUUGUUACAAGAGAGUGACAUGAUGGUUCAGCUGGAAGACAAACUGUGCGAGCUGGAGCAGUCGGAGGCCAUCUUCCUACUGACAGCGUGCACCAACAUGGCACGGAGUCACGCGGGAACGGACAACACCUUUGUAGACAUGGUGGUCAUGCACCUGUACCAAGUGUGCUAUGUGAGUUCCAGAACGCGGGAGUUCUGCUCGAAGGUUGGCCGUGAGCUGCUGUCUUCCAUCUGUCUGGUCCACCCCAAGGCUGUGUCCACCCUGCUGGAGAGAGUGGGCAGCACUAUGGAACAAGUCGGCCUGAUGUCCCUGUAUCUGUACAAAGAGAUGCCUCUGCACCUGUGGCUGCCCCAGUCUCCUGACAUGGUCCUGCUGGAGACCUGGUUACUACAGUCUGAACUCCAGUCACCAGAACACAGGCUGGCAAGGCUCAUAGCUGCACAGCUCAACUGGGGGACUAAUGCCCAGGGAGACAGGCUGUUCCUCCCCCUAGACCUGCACAGAUGGAUGGGUCUGCUCCUGACACAGGUGGCCAACCACUUCCUGUACAACAAGGAGCAGGCAGGACUUAUAGCAGCGGGCAUCAAACAGGUGACUCAGCUGGCUGCAGCUGCCCGGCUGACAGCUGGCCCUGACCAGCAGCUGUCCACGUGGCUGUGGGAGGUGGCCCUCCAGCUCAGACUGCACGCUACAGAACAGCCACAGCCGGCGCUGUCCGCGGGAACCAUCGCACAGGCUGUCAUCCAGGACGUCCCCAGCUUCACUAACGACUCCUCCCUGCAGCAUCUACAGAGAGCUGUGAAGACUGACAUGCCCAUUGCUUUGUACAUUGCACUAGCCAUGACGUCUAUGGGCCAUGACAAAAAUGAGUUCUUAUCAUCAGGACUGCCACUGUUACUCCAGCUGGUAGAGGGAGGACACAUUGUGCCCACUAUCCACGUACUGGCCAAGAUCACCCCUCUGUUUCUCACCUGUCAACACAACAUCCUACAGGAGAAAAGAUUCCUGAAGGUAGUUGAGAAGGUGAUCCAGUCAGACCACAGCCUGACUUCCUCCAACAUGGGACCUCACUGCAAGCUGCUGUGUAGUAUGAUCCAGUUCCAGGUGCAGAGUGGUUUUGUGUCGGCCCGUGUGUCCAGUACGACAGUGUUGGAGCUGUGGGUGCGCCUGUUGACAUCCCUCCCACAGUGGUGGUACAACACGCAGGUGCUGCAGGUGCUGGACUCACUGCUGCAGACUGCUUUCAGGUGCAAGGGGGGUGAAGACAUGACCAUCAGUAUCCUGUAUGAUCGCUAUAAGGCUCUCCUCAGUACCAAGACAGACCCAGGUGUUCUUGUAUCCCUGGUGUCCUGGAUGUCAUCUAGUGCUGGGCCACCAACAUUUCUGGAUAAGCCUACACAGUCAGAUGUGUGGGUGGCUUACCAGGUGUUACAGGCAGAGAGCAUGUGGGAGGAGGAUACCCAGCUCAGGAAGAUGUUGGAGAAUGCCUUACAACAGGACAGCAACAUCAGUGUGGACGGGGCCGUCAAAAAUGUGAGCAGUGAACUUCACCUUCCGUCUGCCCCGCCCCUCCAUCGCCUGAUGAUCUACCGCUGGGCGCAGCAGGCCCUGGCCACGCCCCUGGACCAUCCCCUCCUACCCCUCGUCUGGCAACGCUUCUUCCAAAUCUACCUGCAUCGGCCUGCAGCAGACUCAGGACUGGCAGGAAGAGGAGGUGUUGGGCAUCGUUUCUUCCAGGCUCACUCCCAGUCGUCCCUGCUGAAGAAGCUGAAGAAGCGGCUACAAGAGGCAGCAGACUUCCAUUACGCUGCCUCCAAAACCCCGGCAAUGACGUUAGAUCUAGCCUCAGAGACUGAUCCAGAGGAUCAAAGAGAAGAACCCCUGGUUCCAGGCUCCAAUUCUGCAGGAGUGCAUCAUGACCUAUCCAAGUUGUUCCACUCAUUCUACCUGUGGAUAGACGAGCCCAGACUACACGACCCCAACCUGUACCUGCCCGCCCUGCCCCAGCAGUAUGAUGCUGAACGACUUCUCAGUCUCUUCAAGAACUCUCAGGACACCUGGCUGGAGUUUGUAGACAUGGACAGAGUUGAGAGAGACAUAGCUGUCAUGGCUACUGAAUGGAUUCAACACAGACAGGUCAAGACUGCAGCCACAUCAAGGCCAUCUCCUGACUUCUCCCUACCAGCAACAUCUCCCAUGGAGCGGCACCUGAUGACCUCUGACCUGACCCAGCCCCCUCCCAGUGCAGGUGAGCAGGAGCCACCUGUUCCAGAUGUCCCCCCACAGGUGCUGGAGGACACCACCCUGCUGCUGGCCACAGUAGAACCACACCUACAGCACCUGCUGCAUCAGGCCAGGAUGUUCACUGAGAGAGAGCAGCGGCACUUGACACUGGACAACACAUAUCUGGACCUUAUUCCAGAUCACUUUCACAACAAGCAUGUUUCGCUGACUUUGCAGAUCCCUUGUCACAGUUCCUUCUCCCUGAACUCUCCUACUUGUAAGGGACCAGCCCAGAUCACCCUACAGUACCAAGAGAAGACAGUAGACCAUGCUGUGGAUGGCCAGCUGAAGGAGAACCGACUUCAGGCUGAACAGGUGGUGGACAGCGCCAUGAGUCCCCCACGACAGCAGCUCUGCGCUAGUGCCUUGUUUGUGGAGAGACUUAUCACAAACUCCUCCAGGCCACCCUGGCCGCGCCCGCCCUCUGUGGGCUACUGGGGCCGCACUUCAGCCCCAAUCAGGCGGGCGUGGCUUUCAUCAACAUGUACACCGACGUCACACGUGUGCCGGACAGUCACGGGGUGGACUUGGCUUUCAUGCUGCUUACCAAGUUUGAUGUCCAGAUGUGGCUGGAGAGCUGCCGUCCAUCCCUGACUGACCGUUCGCACCUGGUGGACACCAUCGGGAAGGCCCUGCUGCUGUGUGGAACUGAACCAAAGACUGACAUGCUCAUGGUGUUUGAGGUGUAUCAGAGCCAUCUACAGAGCAUGUUGAAGUACAGUUUUCCUGAUCAUUUUGGAGAUGUGCUGCAGGUUCUACUGCAAGGUUCAGAUAGUAAAGAGUUGAGUCCUCUGUGCUGGAAGAACACCCUGAGAACCCUGGGCUGUGCUGAGAUGGGUUCUACAGCUGACUCUGUCACCUUAGCCUCCUUAACUCCAGAGCAGGUGACAGAAACCCUAGGAUGGCUGUCUUCUCACUACAUGAAGCUGAGAGCAGGCAGUCAGCAGCUGACAGUGAAUGGGCUGUACUGUGAGCUGCAGGGUUAUGUACAGCACAUAGCACAGCUGCUGGCUUUACUCUUCACAACUCUGCUGCAGACAGAACCUGGUGGAGCUGUGGUACCCAGUCAGAACUUUGAAAGUGACGUGGAAAACCUUUGGGCUCUGCUCCAGUCUGCUUAUGAGCCAUGGAUUGCCAGUCUGGAUGCAGCUAAACUUGGUUCUAGCAGCAUUCCAUCAGGGGUAGGACUGUGUAUGCCAUGGACAGAGAAGGAGUGUGAACUGGCUGCUGGAGUCAUGGACAACUUCACUAACUGUUUACAGCUGCUCUUCACAAAAUAUAAAGGUACCCUUCCAACACACAGCCAGGACGUGCUCGCUCUGACAUGGAGAUAUUAUGCCUCUCUGCUGGCGCGAUCAGACCAGCCGCACGUGCUGAGAGUCUACCACGACAGCCUAGUCACCCUCCCCUGGGAAUACUUCUACCCGGACAUUCAUGCUUUCAACUUGAUGAUGAAGCUGCUGGAAGAAUGCCACCCCGUGUGUCAGUCCUUCCUGUGUUCUGUGUUUAUCCGGCUGGACUGUGUGACCAUGGUGUCGGAUUACUGCAGUCACGACCUGCCCGAGAUCGUGGCACGUCUGCACGAGUGUCUGCUGCAUCUUCUGGUCCACUUCAGUGUUCAGGAGGGAGAGGUUGUGAGUGGCAGGAUUCAGGAAGCAGAACAGUUUGGUUGGCACUUCCUGUCAGCAGCAGCCUAUCAGAACACCAUGUCCUGGCUGGUGGACGCUGCAAACUCUGACCUGGUGCUGUUCCUGGGACAGCCAGCUCCUCAACCCAUCAGACUGAUGAAGAUUGCUGCUGGCUUCAAGCCUGAGAUACAAGUACAAUAUGGGGAUGCUAGUCGUAAGCAGCAGCUGUAUGUCCACGGUGUUGUGGAGCUGGUGUGUCGCUGUGUGGCCAGGAGGAAGGUCAACAUCAGCUGCUACCAGCCGGUCAUCACCGGGCUGCUGGGGGACAUCGAGAGUCUGGCCGGAUCAGCUCUUGACAGUCAUCAGCAGCACAGCCAGAUGGUGGCCCUGUUAUCCGAGGCUUUAGGCCUGUUGAACAACUGUCCCCCUGAUGAGAGGAAGGUGGAAACUCUGGCCAGGUUCUUCUGGGAGUGGUUGGAGUCCAACUCCUGCAGCUGUCUGGUACUGCCGAUGGUUACGGCUGGGUGUCGUACAUUAGCGUCGCCAGCACACAUGGCACGGAUGGUGGAGUGUGGGAUAGAGGUCUUCCUCAACUCAGGGCUAGAGGAGAAUGUACAGAGCGGCUGGGACCAGGUGCUUGCAGCUGUGGAGAUUCCUGAGCUGGCUCAGGAGGACUUCCUGUCGGAGUGUCUGCAGCACGGCUGCUAUCUGACGCUGUACGCCUACGUCCUGCAGCGCCUGCCCAUGUGUCAGGUGCCGAAGGACGAGAUGGCCCUGGCUGACCAGCUGCUGUCGUGGACAGCUGCUGCGAAGCCCAGAGCUGACAAUGAAGCCAAGCUGCUCCUGUGGUGGUGGCAGGUGCUGAGGAUAUGUCUACAGCAUGUGGACAGGAACCAGCCCCUUAAGGACGUGUUCUGUGCCCUGAUGAACUUGACAUCCAGUCUGACGACCCUUGGGGAGGACAAGUCUGCCGCUGGGUUACUCGGUGCCCUUGGGUUGGGGAAGAGGUCACCACUUUCACACAGAUUCCGUCUGGUGUGCCGAGGUCUGUCCACAUUCCUCCUGGCCCAGGCUCGUUCAGUCAGCUUCCUGCGACUGCAGCCAGGUGAUCCACAUGCCGUGGGGCAGGUGCAGUCUGGACCCUUACCCAGCAUGCUACCAGUAACAGAGGGUGCCUCACCUAAAGCUGUGCAGAGUCUGGCCAACUUGGAAUCCCUUCAGACAAACAAGCAGUACUCGUCACUGAAGAGUCACAUCCAGUACAUCUACGGCUUCACUGUCGACCCCCUCCACACACUGAGGGACGCACCCCCCCUUCUCGCCCAUCUCAGCAAAGUGCUGUUCCAGGACCAGAACUACCUGUCCUUGUUACACAUACAGGCACAGGGCACGUACGGUAGAUGAUACCGUAAAUUUAUUAAUUUUUGCUGGGGUUUAAUCACCCCAAAUUAGGCAUGUGUGAUUUCAGUGUUUUAAGUUCGCAAUUUGAAAAAAUGCCGUGAAACAGGAAAAAAUGACAAUGAAAACUUAUAUUCACAGUGUCAUGAUUGAGAGGUCACUGUGAAAACCAUGAAAAUAAAGCCACCAUGAACUUUAUAAGAUUUACAGUAGCACCAAAUAUAGCGUUGAGUUGUAUUUAAUGUAAGAUAUCUUGAUGGUGAUCAAUAUGUUUAUGAAAGGUUGGCAAAAGCCAUAUACAUUUUCAUACCAUUACCAACCUGCAACCUGUGGAAGCAUAGCAAACUAUGAUCAAGUCGUUUGUCUUGAGUUCUUUUAUUCCGACAAAAACUGCAAUCAUCAACCAAGAACAAAGUGACAUAGUUAAAUAAAAUGGUAUACAAAAUGUAGUAAGAAUUGUUACACAGCUGUCGGUGGCACUCUUCUAUUGAAAAAUUUGAACAAGGACUCCAAGAACCAAGAAGUUAGAUGGUGUAGCAUAAUGUGGAAAUAUUUUGUCAGGAUUUUAAUGAUGAUUUAUUGGUGUAUAAUUUUAUUCAGGGAGGUGUAAGCUGCACACUUAAUAUAAUGUUAAUGUCUUCCAUAAUGUACAGAAUUUCCUCCAACAUUCUGUAGGCUUCCUUGUGUUUCUUUCCUUUGAAAUUCAUUUCAUAACAAGAGUUAUUCUUUUCUCUAUUUUGCUUGAUUUAGAUACAUUUUACAGUUAAAGAAAAUUGCAAACCUUAACCGUCCUUGCCUUAACUAAUGCUGAAAGUGAAAAGUGAAUACUCCCAGUAAUUUAUUGUAAUCACCAUUUUGCUUUUACCUAGCAUACAUUCUGACGAGAGGAAUUAUAAUUGAAUGUGAACUUAAUGAUAAUUGUAAUGCCCCAAUAUUGUUCAUUGAGAAUUGCAUGCAAAAUGUAUCAUGUUGUACAUUAUUGUAUCUAAAAGCACAUUGCAUAUCAAUGCAAGACUAUUACACCAUUUAGUUUUAUUAUCAGUUGAAUCGACACACCCAGUGAGUAGAUGCAAAAUAACAGUAAAGAUAUAUACAAUGUAAGCCAUGCAUGAACCAAUUAUAAGUAUGGCUAAUGAAAAUAAGAUGUUAAGAUACUUGUAUACAAAUAUCGGUACGAGUGUAAUAGUGGCCCAGUCAUAUGUGUGCUCGUCUGUGAUGCCUAUGUUGAAAGUGCCUGUGCAAUACAUGCCAAAACAGUUGGCAAAGUUA